UAAACCAGCCUCUUUCUGCAGAGCGGGAGUUGGCGUUUGGAUCUAAAACUGUGCUGCAGCUUUAAACCCAAGGGAGUCACAGCCUAACAUCCUAAACAGGGAGUGAGAGACUGAACAACGUGCACAUCCCUGAUGGCUGGAGGAGAGGCUGAAGGACACCUUGUUUUGAUUUAGCAGGGUUGUUAUUCUUUAGGGUGAAAUGAAGGAUUGGAUUCUGUUUUGGAAAUACAUUUCUCAUGCAGCUGAACUUCAGUAGCCUUCCUUGCAGUGCAGAUUUCAGCAGAGGCAUCUUUUCCCUUAAAGAUGCAGAACCUGUCGCUGGUAGAAAGUCUCGCUAAUACAGAUGAAUCACACCCCAUGUCUCUAAAAGAGUUAGAAGUUGAAGCAGGUGGUGUAUCUCUCAGUGAAAGUGACUGUAACUUGAAUGAAAGGACAAACAAUAAAGAAGGUAUUAAUCUUGACAUGAUGCAGCAAAGCCUCCCUGUAGUGAAUAGUAAAGAGAGAAGUUGUGAGGGGUUUUCUGAGAGCAACUAUAGUGCCUCAGAACCCAGUGGGCCCUGGGGUGAUUUUGAAGGUUUCCAGGAGCCUUUAGACGAACCAGAGAGAUUCAGUCAUAACCGUGACGUUUUGGUGAAGUCAACAAAAACAUCUAGAGUUGAUAGCGACUUAAGCAGGGACCAGUGUAGCACUUUUUCAGGUCACUUCUGUUCUGAGCCAUCUCUACACAGUGGGACACAGGAGGCUUCGAGCUUCUUAAGUGAGGUAAACCACAGCUAUGAGGAUGUAUUUAAGAUGGGCUUUCCAAAAGUCUUUGUAUCCCAGUCCAGAGAGAGCAUAAGAAGCUUAGAUCAAGUACUUGAUACAAAUAAUGAAGAUGCUGGGAUCCCUGACCUUGUGAAGAAUCAGCUUUGUGUUGAUUCUGGAAACAUAUGGAGAACACUUAGAGACUUUGAUAAUACCCCUGGCUUAAGACAUCUGUGGAAUAAGUCUCAUUGCCAAGAAAACCUCUUGAGUGCCCUUGGAAUAGAUGCAAGUCAAAAGGGUUUUUCAGAGAUCCAGGAUGCCGUCUUUGAAGAAUCAAAUGUUAAAGAUAACGAGGACUUCAGGUUUGAUGGAUUCAGUAUGAAUGACUGCAAAACACUGAUCCAGACCAAGCUUUCUGUAUCACCAGAUCCCAGCCAUGGUCACCUUUUCACCUGUAACCUGUUUUUAAGAAGCACAUUGCCUGAUGGAAACAUGCAGCAUCUAACAGUCCCAAGGAGGAAACAUUUCUUCACUACCUGCAACCUGAAAAGGAGAUUUUUCAAUAGUGAUGUUUGUUGAACCAAAUGUACUUUUUAAUCUGUUUGUUUGGUUGUUGGUUAGGGGGUUUUUUCGCCCCUUAUUUGAACUGAAUGCAGUUUAUUUUGCUACUGGCUUGGUACUACAGACUAUGUGUAUUCUUUAGGAAGGAGACAUUUCCUGUAUAUGAGUUACCUGGAGCCAUUAUUAGAAGGUAUUUACACUACUUAGUUGUGAAGUUGAAGGUGUAAUUUUGUCCUGAAAAGUUUUGCUGCAGGAUCCUGUCCUUUACAGUAGAUUCAGCUGCAAUCACACCAUGCUCUGGGGGACAACUCUCUUGACCUGCUGACUUUUCAGGCCUUAAUGCCUCUUUCAUCAAAAACCAUUUCCCUGUCAAAGCCUAAACAUACCUCAGGUGUGUCCUAAAGUGUGCCUUGUCCCCAGCCCUCCUUGGAUUUGGUCCUGUUUGGAUCAGCUGAGAUCUGUUAUUUUGCCACUGCUGAUGGAAAGGAGCCUUCUAUUCUACAUCUGGUGCCUUGCACUAGGGUUUAGGAAAAUAAAACUGUUUUAACUUCUGUCUGAUAAAACCUCCUGUGGUGAACAGUUACUGUACCUGGCAAUAUGGGCAGAGGCAGGGAAACCUUUUGCUCUGACAAUGGUUUCUAAUGGAAAUAAAUCA